GGAUUACAGCAAGAGCCAAAAUUGGCUGACAAUCUGAGUACGAAUACCUCUAUUGUGUUUUACAGUCUUCGCCUUCUCGAGAACCGACUUGAAUUUGUGUUCCUCUCGAAAGUGCUGGUGCCUGGAGAUGUGAGACUCAGUUGGGUUUCGUGAUCCUGUGGCUCAGACUGGACCGUUUCUUCAGUGACCCCACUUUGGUAUUCUCUCUUUGAGAGAUUCUGAGUUUGGAUCUGUAGUUCGAGUAGCUUGUGUCUUCCAAGAGAGGCUAGAGUAUGAGACUAUCGUGCUAAUACUCGAGCUGAGGAAAGGGGAUAAGAGGCAGGGGAACUUCUACUGAUUAGAACUUUGAACUAAUCGAAGAAAUAUCUAAAUGGCUUCCAUAGAGAGCGAUGGGGACAGUGAUAACAAAGGUAGCAUGUGGGUUUUGGAUCAGAAGAUUGACCAGCCUAUGGAUGAAGAGGCAGGAAGGCUCAGAAAUAUGUACAGGGAAAAAAAAUUUUCUGCACUAUUACUUCUGCGGCUUGCGUAUCAGAGUCUUGGUGUGGUUUAUGGAGAUUUGGGUACUUCCCCUCUGUAUGUUUUCUACAAUACGUUCCCUCAAGGAAUUGACGAUCAAGAGGACAUUAUUGGGGCUCUUUCUUUGAUUAUAUACUCUCUCACUCUGGUGCCACUCCUCAAAUAUGUUUUUGUUGUAUUGAGAGCAAAUGACAAUGGCCAAGGUGGUACUUUUGCACUUUAUUCCUUGCUUUGUCGGCAUGCUAAAAUAAAAACAAUUCCUAAUCACAUCGUACUGAUGAGGAGCUAA